GGGUUGGACCGUGCGCUCCUCCACUGUGCGCGAAUCAGUCUAAUUUCAGACCUGACCGGGAGUGAUCCACUACCAGCCUCUAUCGGGGAAAUACUGACAGAAAAUGCACUUUAAUAGGAAUAAAACAAGACUCGACUGCGCCACAAGUCAUGGACUCUGAGUCGUUGGACCGGUGCCUUCAGACGGUGUUGUCUGCUCUGUACCCGCCGUUCCAGGUCACGUCGCCCACUGUCCUCUGUCAGGUCCUCAGUGUGGUGGAGCGCUGUUACCGCGGAGACGGACUACGCUACCUGCUGCACUUCCUGUUACCUGCCAAACAGUUCCUGCAGAGCCUCCAACAAGAUGCCUGUCUGCCGUACUGUGGUCUGCUCUUCCGUCAUGAAGGCUGGCCCCUGUGCCUCCAUGAGAAGAUAGUCAUCCAACUUUGUCACUUGGACCAACAUCUGCUCCGGCCGGGGGACUUCUACCUCCUGGUCUCCCCCUCUUCCUCCUCCUCCUCUUCAUCAUCCGCCUCUUCAUCUCAUCACAGCUCCUCCCGUUCAGGCCCACCCACGCCUCGCCUCCUCCUCUGCACCGUCUCCACAACCAGCCGACAUGUGGAAGAGCAAGAGAUACCGGAGCUAGCUCUAAGCUCUGUGUUUACAAUGGCUUGGUUGGAUUCAGUCAACCGGGACCGCGAGGAGAGAGGGAUGUCCAGGAUGGAGAGACUCUUGCUUUCGGCACAUGGGGAUGUUUUUAGGGUGCCCUGGGAGGAUCUAGUCUACCCACAAUUCGUCAGUAGACCUAGAGCUUCAUUAAAAGAUGUAAAAGAUGCUAGUUUCUGUUCAUCUGUAGAACCAGAUACAACGCAAGAAAAGACUUUGUUAAGCACUUUGGGACAAGGUAAAACUCCGUUACCAUGUUCUGUCAACAAAUCAACUCCAAGCAGUGACGAUUCAGACUCGGAAGGCGAAUACGUGGAGUUGACGGAGCUGGCAUUGCCACGGUUUUCGCCACAAAAAGGUUCGCUAACUCAGCUGAUCAGCCAGCAGCACAGAGCACGGACUAGCACACAAACCUCUGUCAAAACAACAACGCAACAAAAUGUUCCAGCACAAUUUCAAAACACUCCAAAACAUUUACCUGCGGCAUCCAAAGACUCUGCCAGCUUGUGUACGCCGCUGAAACACAAUGAUUCAAAGCUUAUUAGGGAAGAAAGCUGCUCUAUAGUUGUAAAUAGGCCUGUUAUUCUUACACCUGUUACUCGACCCUCCACUAGUGAGAUUAACGAAAAGAGACUAACGGAAGGUACAAACUUGACCAAAAGUUCGAAACAAGUUGAAAAGCAAGUUCUUGACUCUAUAGCUGUUGAAGUAGAUGGUUUAGCGAAAGCAAAUUUGAUUGAAGAAAGGAAAGAUGGAGUGAUUGCUAGUGAAAGCAUAGAGGAGAAACUGGAGGUAGAGUCGCCUGCCAGAAACAGUGGAGAGGACAGAGAGGUGGCGCUAGUUGAACAAAUUGAGAUGCAAGCGGAAUGUGAAGGAGAAGAGCAAGAGAGUGGACAAACUGAGGUUCUAAAUAUAGGGAAAAUACUAUGUACAGACUUGGAUAACAUAGACUUAAAAGAAGCAUGUGUAGAGAUUGAACCAGUUCAGCAAAGGGUAUCUGAUUUCAAGUCUGAAAUCAUUGAGAACACGCAUUUAGAGGAGACCAAAUCUGAAAGCAAUACAGAAAGUGCAUAUUUUGAUACAGGAGAAAGCCAAAAUCUUCCUGAAGACAAUAGGCUGGAUUCUGAAAAUGUAAAAGUAUAUUGCAAAGGUACAGCUGAACCAUCUGAAAAAGUUGAGCUAUCACUAAAUGCUUACAUAGAUGACCAAUUACAAAAGCACUCUGAACAGUUACAAACCCGGAUUAUAUAUUUGGAAGCAACCGAUUCUAGGAAGUUUGAACUUUUUGAUUUACAAGAUGAAAAAUGUAUGGCUAACCAAAAGGACAACUUUGGAGAGUCAGAACUGCGGUUUUCUGAAAUGGACAGUUUGGUUGAAGAUUUUGUUGAGCUAAAACCAGGUGAUCACUGUGAAAUGGAAAAACAUUACCGAUUGUUUGAGAGGGAAAUGCAACGUUUAAAUGCUGAGUUUGAGAAUGCACAAAAUAAUCAAGUUGAAAUGGCAGAAACUAAGUCUGAGUUUGCUGAACCUGAUGACCCAGAUUUUGAAUUGGAAAAAGAAAAUAUUGAACUAUUGGACAGUCAAGACAGACACUCUAAAGACAAUGAAGAAUUAAUUUUGGAUUUAGUCAAAAGUGAAGAGAUGGACUCGCAAAACUCACUUUCUCAAAUUGAAAUCGAUACAAACUACAAAGAUGUGAUUACUGAUAAAACUACUGAACUAUGUGACAUGCAAGAGGUUGUUUGUGAACUUUCUGAAAAAGUGCCGGUAUAUUCAAGUGUAGAAGCAGUUUGUGAUAGCGAUAGGCAGAGGAUGGAUAUUGAAAAUGGCGAUAUUCAACAAGAUGAGCAAAGAGAAAUGCUGUACUCACAAAGUGUCUCUAAACUAGAGGAUGUGAAUGAAAAACAGAUUUGUAAAGUUGCUGAAGAAGAGAUAACAUUUCCUGAAACAAAAAUGGAUUCUCUAGGCUUUGAAAAGUCUUAUGAACAAGACUAUGAAUAUCUUGAAAUUCAGCAUCUUCUGUCUGAAAUGGUGGACACAGUUGAAAGAUCUGCAAAUACAAGCCUAACAGAAAUGUAUGGGAUAAGUGAAACACAUUCAGAUUCUAGUGUUUUGUUUUUAGAGCAGCAGAUUGAUAUUUUGGAGACAGAAUUUGAAUAUUUGCAAAGCAAAAUAAAGGAAAUGAACCAUGCAGAAAAGCAAGAUUCCAUACAAGAAGAAAAAACAGCUACGCCAGACACAGCCAGUGAAAUUGUUGAACCAAAAAAUUAUGAAGAAAAAAUAAUGCAAGUUGAAAAUAUUUCUAGCAAGAUUUUUGUUCAAGAUGACAACGUGGUUUCACAAAACGAAACUGAAAGUCAAAAAGAGAACGAGAAGGUUGAGUUUUCACAACCCAACGAUUCCAAAAUGCAAGAUUGCAGUAACAGCAAAUCUACACCAAACUCAGACAUUGCACUUAAAAUGGACAAAGUUCUUGAACUUUCUGGUAAACAGCAAAUAAAAUCUUCUCAAGAAAUGCCAGAGACUGUUGAAGAUUCAAACGUUUUAGACCAACCAGAAGUUCAGAGCCCAGUCUCACAUAAAGAUACAGCUUCUUGCUUAAAUUCUCAGCUUGCGAAUAUUGAAAACCAUGCGAUUGUAAAAGCACAAACCGAGCACUUAUUGUCAAAUUUGGAUAAAAUCAUUGAAUCUUCGGAAAAAAUUCUAGAAAAAACAGAGACUGUUGAAGAUCCAAGCAUUUCACACCAACCAGAGGUUAAAGACACUAAUCGACAAAUUCAAGAAACAGGGCCACUUAUGGACACUGAAACUCCUUUCUUCAAUUCUCAGAUAUCCAAUAUAGAAAACAAAAAGAACAAAAAUGCAAACACUGAGCACUUAUUGUCAAAUUUGGACAAAAUCAUUGAACCUUUGGAAAAAUCUUCUCUAGAAACACGAAAGACUGUUGACAAUCAAAGCAUUUCAAACCAACCUGAAGUUAUAGACACUAAUCCACAAAUUCAAGAAACAGUUCCACUCUUGGAUACUGAAACUACUUGCUUAAAUUCUCAGAUAUCCAAUAUAGAAAAUGAAAAGAACAAAAAUGUAAACACUAAGCACUUACUGCCAAAUUUGGAAAUAAUUGAAGCAUUAAAGAAAGUUGAUAUGUUGGAUACAAAACUUACAAAUUCCGAAUCGUUUGAGCAUCAAAAUGGACAAGUCAAGAUACCUAAAGUUCAACAAACCAACGCACAAGUCAAAGGACCUAAAGUGAAGACAAGAGACACUAUGAAUAUUUUUGAUCCGCAGAAAGGACGUAAUGUUAAGAGAGUUCCCACUGAAGGUCCAAAUGCUGUGCACCCAAAACCUGGUCUGAGCAAUGGUUCAAUUCCCAAACCUCCAGAAACGGCAUCUUUGUCUGUUCUCAUGAGUCUGCCUGUCCCACUGCACCUGUCCAAGUCUCCUCAGUCCAGGUUCAACAGGGUUCUGCUCAGCUCUGGAGUCCUCUGUCUGCCUGGAUCCAGAGACAGAAGUGGUAGGGCUGUGGUGACUGUUAAUCCCAAAAACCCUGUGUGGGCCAGUCCAGACUGUGACAGCACUGAACUGCUGCAAGUGCUGCUCUACUACCUCUCCACUCUCAGCAAGGAGGUACAAGCCUUAGGUCUGAUUGUUUUGGUGGACGUCCGAAGAGCACCCCCUCUGCCAGCUCUAUAUACUGCACUCCGCUCUCUGCAGGAGGGUACCCCAGGCUCUGUCCACUCUGUGCUGCUGUUCAUUAAUAAGGACUCACCGAUACGUCUAGACAAACCGCCUUAUCUUCAGGCGGAGAUGUUGUACUCAAUGAAGUCCCUGCAGAAACAUGUGGAUCUGAGGCAGCUCCCGGUCGAGUUCGGAGGCUCCUUCAACUUCAGUCAGAGCAGCUGGCUUUGCUACAGAGCGAGAGUGGAGAACUUGACGAGCCAGUGUAACAAUGUGAUCAGCCUCCUUCAUAAAACCAUCAACAUGCUGAAGACCACACCUUUGCCCGAAGAUGCCCAGAAAGCCGAACAGCUGCUGUCUAAAUACAAGGCGGUGAUGUGCAGCAUUCUUCAGGACAGCCGAUUGGUCCAGCUUCAGCAGGAGGGCGGAGCUUCAUUGUCCAGGCUCCGAAGAGACGAGAGUAGCAUUUGUGCCACUGAGGACUACAGAGCUGCAGUGGAGUCGGUCUCCUCUCUCUAUGAUCAAGUGGAUGAGUUGCUGCAUUGUCUUGUCACUUUGUCAAAUUCAAAAACCCAAGAGAUAAACUUCAUUUUGGAGUUCACUGAGCUGGAGUCAGGAUUCACUGAGGUGCGCAGGUGGUUGGAAGAGGAGGGAGAGGCUCGCCUAAAGACGCUGGAUGAACCAGAGGAUUCACUGGAGCUGCUCCUCCAACACCAGAGAGACUUUAAGGACUUCUGCCCCACUGCCCUUGACUGGUGUAAACAGGGGCAGGCUCUGCUGAAGCGCCUGGAGCACUGGGACAACAUCUCAUCAGUAGAGCUCAAGGCCUACGAGGUCAAAGUUCACACCUUCUGGGCUCAGCUACAGGACUUCUCCCAAAGGGCCACUGCCACGGGACAGAACAUAGAUCGUGCUGUUCGACUCUACAGUUUCUUAGACCAGGCCUAUGGCUGGGCUCUGGCAGGUAUGCGUCACUUAGCGGGCAUCACCAUGGAGGACUGCUCUCUGCCUGAAAAAUGUCCAGUCGUGAUCAGGUGUUUGGAAGAGUACAACCGCCUCCACCCUCCUAUCCCUGACUCCUGCUUCCAGGAGAUGAGAGCUUUGGCUGGGGAGCUCCGGGGCGAACGGGGCCUUCGACAGUGGAGCUUUGCUUGGUCCAAGUGUCAAGAAACAAAAAAAAUGUUUGACCGGAAAAUGGAAGCAGCUUUGCGGACAAGAGACUCCAAUUCCAACCAGCGGCGCAGAUCUGACUCGGAACAAAGCAAAAGUUCAUCAGGUUUUUCCAGAAAAUCUCUGUCAGGAUUUUGGGGUGUGAAGGAUUCCUCUCAAAUGUCCCCAUAUGCCAACGAUGAAACGAAUAGUACUUGUUCAUCAUGUACUCCUUCACCUACAACAAAUUUAAACUCUCCAAUCACAUCUACGCCUCAACACACGCCCCUAUUACAAAGACUAUUCAGAAGUCCCUCCAAUUUUGAUGACACUAAAGAUUCAUUUGAAACCACUCCUUCACCUGCGCCAAGUCUACAACGUCUGGACUCCACAGAUAGUUUUAAUUUGAGUUUUAGAUCUCCAUCAAUCUGCUCUUCAUCUUCUUUCACUCCUCUUGGCAGACGACAGCAGCUGCGUAAGACCCAAAGCUUCGACUGCCCACCCACCCCCGAGUCCUCCCGUUACGGUGCCAGUCCCAGGACCUUGAGCGAGCCAGCACGGAGGGGGAACACGGGGGUCUUCAUAAAGGGGCUGGAGGUAUCGAGCACAGAGGCAGCUGACCGUACUCUCUGCCCCAGGACUGGAGCUCAGAGCUGGGUAGGACAUGCUGCCAGCAGGAGUCCCAGCACCCAGAGCAUCAACAGUGUGAGCUCCACAGCAGAGCAACGGCCCCGAGGGAGUAAACUGCGUCACAUCGUGGAGGAGAUGGUGACUACAGAGCGGGAGUAUGUACGUUCGCUCCGAUACAUCAUUCAUCACUACUUCCCUGAGAUGGAGCGUCCAGAUGUGCCUCAGGACCUGAGAGGAAAACGCUCCGUGGUGUUUGGGAAUCUGGAGAAGCUUCUGGACUUCCAUAGCCAGUUCUUCCUCAAAGAGCUGGAGGCCUGCUGGAGACACCCGCUCAGAGUGCCACACUGUUUCCUCAGACAUCAGGAGCAGUUUGGACUCUACGCCCUCUACAGCAAAAACAAGCCCAAGUCCGACACUCUCCUGUCCCACCACGGAAACUCCUUCUUCAGGAGAAAGCAGGUGGAGCUGGGGGAUAAGAUGGACUUGUCCUCAUACCUGCUCAAGCCCAUUCAGAGGAUGAGUAAAUACGCCCUACUGCUGUCAGACCUCAUAAAGGAAGUGGCCGUGUCCCAAUCACAGGAGGCGGAGCUUGCCACGCUGCAUGCCGCCACAAAUAUGGUCAAGUUCCAGCUGCGCCAUGGCAACGACCUGCUAGCCAUGGACGCCAUCCGAGACUGUGAUGUGAACCUAAAAGAGCAAGGUCAGCUGAUUCGCCAGGAUGAGUUCACUGUCUGGAGCGGGAGGAGGAAAUGUCAGCGCCAUGUGUUUCUGUUCGAGGACCUGAUUCUAUUCAGUAAACCCAAACGUAUGGAGGGAGGCUUGGAUGUCUUCAUCUACAAACACUCCUUCAAGACAGCAGAUGUGGGCCUGACUGAGUCCACUGGAGACGAUGGACUGAAGUUUGAGAUCUGGUUCAGACGGAGAACCUCCAAAAACCAGACGUUCCUCCUACAAGCUCCAAGUUCAGAAGUCAAACAGAGCUGGACCAGCGACAUCGCCCGGCUGCUCUGGAACCAGGCCACACGCAACAAAGAGAUGCGCCUGAAGGAGAUGGUGUCGAUGGGCGUCGGGAGCAAACCAUUUCUGGACAUUCAGCCGAGCGACGCGGCCAUCAGCGACCGAGCUGUGCACUACAUCAUGAAGAGCAGAGGGGCCCGGACCCGAGCGUCUAUAGCCGUGUCAGUGUUUGACCACUCCAACCCUUUUAAGAGAUCCGUGACCUCUGACCCCUCUGCUCCCGUCGGCCCCUCCUCCUGCAGCCUCCUGGGACCCCUCAACCUCCACAUGUUCAGUCAAACACUGCCCCCUGUUGGUGCCUCUGAGGGCUCCUUCAUAAAUUCCUGCAUCGAAGAAGAUGAACAGGAGCACGAGACCAGCAGCCAGCCUUCAAUGACCACAGAAAGUUCAGGCUCCUCAUCUCGAUGUCUCUCCGGCUCCACUGGCUCGGACAGUGGCUGUGUGUCCUCUCACCUGCAGGAGGCGCUACAGGAGGAGCAGAACCCGAGCCAGGCCUCUUCUUCCUCCUCCUCUUCCUCCUCCAACCCCCCUCCCACCAACAAAGAGCACCUCAGUAGCCCCUAUAUUUCAACAGAUGCAGGUCCAGUCAUCAGUCCAGCCACCAUAGUGUGAUCAGGACAAAAGAGGUGAACAAUUUCUGAUUCCUCUGCCCAGCUCUCAAAAUUAGACAUUUAUGUGCCCCAUUCUGAACUGGUCCUUUGUGUUUGGUCCAGGACCUGCACAACAGACAAUGAGAGCUGAUUGUUAAAUCAUCACUUUUAGUUUUGUAUUGUUUAAAGUAUGUUGUUAUUUAUGUGUUGGGAGCUGCAGUUUGCCUGUUCUGUUCUGUAAAUAUAAGCAUUCACAGUUUAUAAAGAUGACCUGUGUUUCUUCUGUUGGAGUGUUUAAGUCUCCAUAGACGUAGCUUUGUGCCCAUUAACUGUAUACGAGUGUAAAUACCUGUGACCACUGUAACUUCCUACUUGAAAAUAAAACAAAACUUGUGUAAACUUGUG